AUGGUCACAGACUCUAACAACUCUUUCGCAAAGACAAUCUGCUCUAUCUGCUAUGAAGAUCUCAAGCCCAUUAUCGAAGAUCUCCAAUCAAUCUCCAUUUGCGGCCACGUCUUUCACGAGCUCUGCUUGCAGCAGUGGUUUGAAUAUUGCUCGAAUGAAAAGAAGCGUAGCUGUCCAGUUUGCAAGCAGAAUUGCUCGGCGCAGAAUGCCGGUCGCCUUUAUUUUCAGUCGGUUGGGGAUCAGACGGAAUCGUUUGGGGAUCGGAAGGCGGGGGAGAGUGGGGAGGAUCCUGACUUGUUGCGCGGAGAAGUGAAGAGUUUGGAAGGGAAAUUGUCGGGUCUCAAUACGAUUUUGGAGGGUCAAAUGAAGGAAAUCAAGCAGCUGAAUGAGGAAUUAUAUCUUUAUAAAAAUGAGUUGAAGAAAGAAGUUAAAUUGAGGACUGAUUCAAUGGAACAAAAAGUAUCAAUUCAGCACCUGCUUCGAUCUAAAUCUGAGGAGCUUGAUGCACUGAAGUUGGAGCGCAUUAAGCUGCAAGAUAGGAAUAUGGCACUUGCCAAAGAGCUUGUGGCACUCAAACUGGUAUCAGAUGUGAAUCUGGAGGAAGAUGAGAUUUUCAAGCUUGCCUCUUUUGGUAACGUUGCCAAUAACAAAGAUACUGUAGACAUUCUAAGGAAGUCUUUGAUCAUUCGUAAUAAGAGCUACAAAGAAUUGAUGGCAAAGUGUAACCAACUUGGACAAGGUGAGGCUCGUUUGUGUAAAAGACUCGAGAAGGCAAAAGAAAAGAUCAAUAAAUUGAAGACAAGGGUCCAAGAACUAGAGAUGGUUGUCGAAGUAAAAGAUAAUGAAACUUUGAGGGCUUUAAAACCUUCAAAGAAGACGAAUUGCAAAGGGUUUGUUGCAGAAGGUAUUCAGGAUAACUCUAAUACCUUCUCCACCAGUAUUUCAACAGUCGGUCCAAAGGAACAGCAUUGUGUACCUGUGUAUGUGACAGGAAGCUCGACCAGUGAUCGAGAAAAUUUCAGUUUCAUCAGUGCCAUUUCUUCCAAAGAACGUAAUAGAAUCACAGCUCUUCACGAACAGGGAAAUGGUUAUUAUACAAGAGAUGAAGCAGCUUUGAAUCUUUCUACAGCUGUGCAUGUAAUUCUAGACCCUGAUUCAAAACAUCAGACCAGAGAGGCUGACUCUACUCUUGCAAAGUUAGAAGCAGUUUCUGAUAUUCAUGGGGAAGCCAAAGUGCACAAAACAGUGAAUCCAGCUGGACCUUUUGGUAUAAGAACUGCAAUUAACAUUGACAAGAGCAAUACUCUUGAUUCUGCUACAGAUGAGGGAGUUGCUGUGUCUCUUGAUGACAUCAGAGAGGUUCAACCCAUUCUCAACAUUAGAAAAGACUCCCUAUCACCAGCUCCACUUUCCAGACCAGGGGAUGUAUGUUUCUCUAGUGGAUUGAUGGGUCCGGAUGGAACGAACCGGUACUUAGGGAGAUGGUGCAAGCGCGGUAAAAGCAAGGGAUCAGUGGACAUGCAAGGUACAAGUGCAAGUAGUGGGGAUUUAAUUGCUGUUGGAUCUGAUGGGAGAGGUGGUAGAGUUAAAGUGCUGAGAUCUAUAAAUCAGUCAUCAUUGCUGCCUGCACUAGCUGCACUUGUUGCUACUCCAGUACUGGAUGGAAAAGGAAAUUCUGUAUCUGCCAAGAAGUGCAAGUAUGGACCUAAAACAAGCAAUUUGCAAUCUCAAGGCUGUUUGCAGAUAGAAAACUUCUUUGGGAGGGCCAGUCAGUAA